CCCGGGAGCCACGAUGCCUUUCCCCAACUCCAGCGCGGAUGAUGCCUUCGACUACCUGUUCAAGAUCAUCCUGAUCGGGGACUCCAACGUGGGGAAGACCUGCGUGGUGCAUCGCUUCAAGACGGGGCAGUACAACGAGAAGCAGCAGAACACCAUCGGGGUUGACUUCACCGUGCGCUCGCUGGACAUCGAUGGCAAGAAAGUGAAGAUCCAAGUGUGGGACACAGCCGGCCAAGAACGCUUUCGGACAAUAACCCAGUCUUAUUACAGGAGUGCUCAUGGGGCCAUCCUUGCCUAUGACCUUACUAGGAGGUCCACGUUUGAAUCCAUUCCUCACUGGAUUCAUGAAAUUGAAAAGUAUGGUGCUGCAAACUUGGUCAUGAUGUUAAUUGGGAACAAAUCAGAUUCACUGGACAAGCGCCAAGUCCUGUUUGAAGAUGCCUGCACACUGGCAGAGAAGUAUGGGCUCUUAGCUGUAUUGGAGACAUCAGCAAAAGAAGCCCAAAACAUAGAAGAGGUGUUCCUGUUAAUGGCUAAGGAGCUAAUGGCUCGAAAUACCUUACAGCUUCAUGGAGAGAAUCCUCCAAACAGCAUUUAUCUUGAUUCCAGGCCAGUGAUUGCCAGCUCAAGUGCAGAGAAGACCCAGUGCCUCUGCUGAAGAAAAGUUUUAGGAACAAGAACUUGGAAGCUGUCCUUCUUCUGAGGCUCUGUGAUGUGGUUUUGUUCAAGUUAUGCAAGUUUGCUAUGUGGCCUCAAGCCAUCUUUCUGAUAUCUCUACCUUGCAGUUUGACCUGUAAGUAGCUCUAGAGAUCGGUGUUGCUGUUGUUAGCGCAGGUUGCUGUGAACAUGGCAGCAGAUACUUUAACAUGGACUUCUGAGCUGAGAGGACUUCGGAAGCUGCCAGCCCUUGCCUUAACCAAAGAGGACUGUAAACAUGGUGGCCUUAUUAUAUCCCUGAAUGGUUUUCUGGCUGUGCCAGAAGGUAAAUUUGCACCAGAGCUGUGCAUUGAUUUGAGCUUUCUAAGAUGCACAGUUUGUUUUAGUGCAAGCUCUUUAGUCUUUGCUAGCUUUAAAGUGUCUGACUAUGAACAGUACUAACUAUUGCUGCCUAAACUUCCAUUUUCGGGGAGAUCCUGCUGUCAGACAUGUUACCACCCAAUCCAAGGAAUUUAAUACCAACACUUGUUAGAGGGUACAUGAAUGUCACCUGUGUGUAUUCCCUCCCCAGACAGCCUACAGCCAUGCCCAGGGUUUCAUAACAGGCAGAAUAUGAUAUGCUAGGGUACCAAAAACCCUCUUGCUGGGGUGAGGGGAGUUGUCUGUCUUUUUGUUCUCUAAUCAUAAGAAUUGCCUUCAGUACUGAUUUUUUUUUUUUUUUUUUUCUUGCUAUGUAGACUUACUAAGAGUAGUGAAGCUUUCAAGUUAACACUAAUGGCCUAAAUUAAUGGUGAGGUGGAAGGAUUUUUUUUUUUCUUUUAAACCAGUCUUGUCUCCAGCUGAUAGCAGCUUUUGACAUACAGUUUUAAUCAAAAGCUUUGUAGUUUGUAUGAUGGACCAAUGGCAGCUUAGAGUAUGCCCCCAAAUACUUCGAGGGGGUGUAAAGGGGACUCAUACUCCUGUAAAAUAUAGCCAUGGUUAGGAUGGUUUAGUAAUUGUAACCUCAUCUUAGAGGAGUAAGGGAACAGUUAAGGGAGAGCUUCCCCUAGAGAAGUACAUACAGUAUUGCUUUGGAAACUUAACCCAACUGAACAUUUUGGUGUUAGUAGAAGGCUUUGUGUUGCUCCUCUCAAAUGCAAGCUCUGCUAUAGAUGAGCUCACUACUCUUAUGUACAAGCAUUGCAGAAAGGUUCUUUCAUUUUUUUCAGUAGAUGGAAACAGGGAAGGAGAAAGAAAUACUACAUGGAGGAAGCUUUUUGACCACAGUCCCCAUGUACCAGAGUGUAUUACUUAUGUUAAACUAUGAACAGGAAAUCAUACUCUUUAUUGAUAAAAUACAGUUGGGGUUAUAUGCAAGGAAGCCCUAGAAAGGCUAGUAAGCUGCCCGUUUACUAGUUGGCAAUUUAAUUUACCAGUUUCACAUUCCUCAAAAGAGUGGGGGGGGAAAACAUGUAGCAAAACUGUUUGGAAAAUCUUGUCUGAGAAGCACAAAAAAUAAAACAGACUGAAUGAUCACUGAUUUAUAGUCUCGCACAUGAUAUUUGUAAUAUGUUAUUAACACUUUCUCUGGCUAGGUUCUUUGCUAUUAGAUGCAAAGUGCAAAUGUUAAUUCAGCUACUUGUAAACCAAGGGAGAAAUCUUCAGUGCUAGUUUCUUAAACCAUUUGCUACAGUCUGCUGUGGAGAAAGCUUUAUCUUCCUCAGGUAUCCUCUUUCUGACUUAUGUGCUUUUUUUUAAUUAACGUUUCAUCUUGCUUUUGUACUAGCCUAAUAAUUGAAUGCAAAUGGCAUAUUUAAGCAAUGGUACACACAGUAACUUUUCAAAGUAACUGAACAAGUAACAAUCCAUCCUCCAAACCACUAUUUGUUUCCCUAGUGACAAAAGGGAUAUAAAUCAAAUGUAGAUUUAAGAUUCCUAUGCGUUUAAAAACAAUCCCCCCCCUCUGCUGUCUUGUAAAAGUUGGGUUUUUUUUUA